AUGAGCUUGGAUCGACAGAACGUUGCUCGCAAGGACGAGAUGGAGAGUGCAGCAAAGUCUAGCUUGCAACCCCUGCCCCAAUUGCCCUCUACUACGGUCAUGGAUGCUGCCGAUAGGCCACCCCCGAAGCUAUGGAAUCGAGCACGGAACAACCUUGCCGAGCCAGUAGUGGCUGCCUUCAUGGCUGGUGGAGUAGCGGGUGCAGUCUCUAGGACCAUUGUAUCGCCACUUGAGCGGUUGAAAAUCCUCCUCCAGAUUCAAAGCGUGGGUCGGAAUGAAUAUAAAAUGUCAACUUGGAAGGCGCUGGUGAAGAUGGGUCGAGAGGAAGGCUGGCGCGGCUUCAUGCGAGGAAAUGGGACGAAUUGCAUUCGCAUUAUUCCAUACUCCGCUGUACAGUUCGGAAGCUAUAACUUCUACAAAAAGUUUGCAGAAACCCCCGAUGGUGACAUGACUCCAAUGCGACGCCUCAUCUGUGGAGGUGCAGCAGGUAUUACCUCGGUGACCAUCACCUAUCCGUUGGAUAUCGUUCGAACCCGACUCUCGAUCCAAUCAGCUUCAUUUGCCGAUUUAGGAGCAAGAGAUCCUGCUCAAAAAUUGCCAGGCAUGUUCACCACGAUGCUCAUGAUCUACAAGAACGAAGGUGGAUCCCGCGCUUUGUAUCGUGGGAUUGCGCCCACAGUGGCCGGAGUGGCCCCCUACGUGGGACUCAAUUUCAUGACCUAUGAAUCGGUACGCAAGUACCUGACACCCGAUGGAGACAAGAACCCCAGCUCCUAUCGGAAAUUACUUGCUGGUGCCAUCUCCGGGGCAGUUGCUCAAACAUGCACAUAUCCUUUUGAUGUACUGCGCCGCCGAUUCCAAAUUAACACCAUGUCCGGCAUGGGCUACCAAUACAGCUCGAUAUGGGAUGCUGUCCGGGUCAUUGUGGCCGAGGAAGGGAUGCGUGGCCUCUUCAAAGGAAUUGGGCCCAAUCUUCUCAAAGUUGCUCCCAGCAUGGCCAGUAGCUGGUUGAGCUUUGAGAUGACUCGCGAUUUCUUUGUCAGCAUGGGUGAUAGAGAGUAG